AUGACUAAUGUGGAGAUAAUCGCCUCAACCGAUCUGAUAGUACUGUUAGAAGAUGAAGUCUUUGCAGAUUUUUUCAACACUUUCCUCUCUCUCCCGGUCUUUGGCCAGACCCCCAUUUACAUUUUUAAUGACUCCCAGUGGAUCCUGUGCCCAGACCUCCCCCACCAGUUGGUGGCAAAGUUCAAAGGUUUGAUGACCUGGAUGGAGAAGUUCCGACUUCCUCACUUCUGCAAAACGGACUCAUGUCUCCAUUACAUCCUCUGCCAGGAGUUUCUUAGCUUCAUCAAGUCUCCUGAAGGAGUGGCCAUGCUGAGAUGGAGGGAAGCAGAUCAGUGGCUGCUGCACAGAUGCAUUGCUGGGGUCAGAGGGCUCUGGCGUUUCUUUGCCUAUCUCCAGGGAACAGCAGGGGAAGAUCUGGUGGAUUUCUGGAUCAGUUCGGAGAGGAUUCUGGGAAUGGACGAAACAGAUGCCGGACAGAGAGACCUCUACCUCUCCCUCCUCCUCAUGCUGAAGACCACCCAUCUGCAGGAGGGCUCCACAGUGCUGACCCUCUGCAACGUGAACAUCAAGUCUCUGCUGAACCUGUCGGUGUGGCACCCCACCCAGUGCACCACCCGGCGGGAGGUCCUGAGCCACAUGCAGAAAGUCUCCCUGUUCAAGCUCCAGAGCUACUGGCUCCCGAACUUCUACACCCACUGCAAGCUGUGCAUGGCCAAAGAGGAGAAAUGCCAGGCCUUGUUGAAGGAGUACGAGGAGCGCCUGGAGCAGAGCCCGCCCGUGCAGCCAGAACCCCCACCCCUCAAGGGCACCAUCAGGGACGGCUGCUGGACCACCGAGCCUUACUCAAGCAAGACGGCCAAGAAGCGAAUGUGGCGGUCCAUGGCGCACGUGAGCGGACCACUGGUCGCAGAGCAGCUCAGGGGAGACGGGUUGCCUUUGAUGGAGAGGCCGAAGAGCAGCAAAGGUAGAAAGGGGAGGACUCGCCCUGCCCCAAACUCCUCUCCCGGGGGAAGGGACACCUUAAUAGGGCCAUCUGCCCCAGUGUCCCCUUGGAGGCAGGCGGAGGGAGACCCAGAUAUCAAAGAUGCCAUUGGCUUCCAGUCCCCCAGCCUUCCGAGCCCCCACCCUGAAGCCCACUGGCCUCUGAAGCUGGAAGACGUCCGCGAGAGGAGGGUUUGCUCCAAGCUCAGCAGCAGCACCCCCAUCAUCAGUCACCCCUCGUGGCCGGACCAGAAGAAACCCUCCUUGGAGUACGUCCAGUGGGCCCUGACUUCCGACCUCUGUGCCGGCCGCCCUUUCUGGCAGUACCUGAAGACCCGGAACCACGAGGUGGAGAGCCUCCUUCUGGACCUCUGGCAAGACCUGGAGAACUUCCGGCACGCUGUGAUGAGCCCCAAGCCGGAUGGGAACCUGCUCCUCCAGCACUUGCUGGGCGAGAGGAUCUGUCAGAUCUACCUGAACGAAGGGCUUGGCUUCCGCCUCCCGCUCAGCCCGCCAACCAUCCAGUACCUGCGAGACCUGCUACCCUCCACGGAGGCGCUGCCCUGGAUCCUCGUGGCACAGAACGAGAUCUGCAAGAUCCUCAGCGUGUUCUACGACAGCUUCCUCGAUCAAGAUGAUGAAGAGUUCCUCCACUUUGUGACUCAGUCCAGAAGCUUCGAUUUCAGGUCUCCAAAGGAGGAGGAACCUAGUGGUCCCAGGGAGUACAUGUGGCUGCUCAAGAGGCUGCAGGGAGCCCUGGCUCUGAGUCAGACCAUGACCAGGAUGGGGAACUUUGAAUUGCUCAUGGAGCCACACUGGGAACUUGCUGUCCAGGACCUGAGGAAAAGAGACUCUCUCCAGAUGGAGAUGGAGUCGGUAGAGAAGGUAGAAGACUCAAAGAAAGUGACCUUUGAGGAGUUAGCUCAAAGGGAUCCCAAGCUAGCCAUACAGAUGCUAAGUGAAGACUACCGGAAAUACUGUGCAGCCAGGCCCUCCCUUGGAUUCUUGAAGUUUGAAACCAAAAGGAUUCAGUCGUCUCCUAGCCGUUUCAAACUAAGCUUCAUCAAGAGGGGAGGCGUCAUCUUAAGGAAGCCAUCUCUGAGGCCCAGGUACCUCUUGGAAGUGCUCUAUCACCCCAUCCACCAGAAGUUCUUCAAGGAAUUCCUCAGGAUAAAUGGGGCAGAGGCCCCACUGCUCUUCUGGUUGGCGGUGGAGAAAUUCAGCACUGAGCCCAACCCCAGGAUUCAGAAAAUGCUCAUCAGCAGUGCAAUCAAGACUUACUUGCGAAAUAAACAGAGACCGGAAAAGUUGUUGCAGUGUUCUGCCCCCUUCAUCAGGGAUAUCCCUCAAGCCCGGCGGAUCACAAUGAACACAAUGCUCCUGGCCCAGAACCUGAUUCUGAAGUCCUUGGAAGAAAAGUGGUUUAAACUAUACCAAGAUUUGUUCCCGAUGGGUAUGGAGCCAGAAUUGGAACUGAUCACCCCUCAGAAAGCACGAAGGACAGGGACCCACCUGAAAGGCAGCAGACAGAAAAAGGCCUGGUGGACGCUGAUUUCCAUAAUGAAGAGCUUUUGCAAAUUUCAGAGGGAUAUGAAGAAUUCCCAAGUCCGCUAUGAAUUUGAGGAAUUUCUUCGAAGGCAGAUGUUCAAUGAAAGAGAAAACAUGGUCAUUCCGGCUGCCUGCCUGCCAUAUGGCUGCCGCCAAGGCCUGUCCUCCGCCAGCACCCGGGGGUAUGAUUCCGAGGAUGUUGAAAUUGUGUACCUGAGGCGUCGCCUGUAUGGCACCAAGUUUGUCAUCGUCAACUUUCUGGUCAAUGACUUCCAUUUUUUUAUGGAGAUUCAGAGGUUCUACGACCUGGUGGCCUCCAGAGCAGUGUUGGUGGAGGCAGGCACAGGGGUUACCGAAAAUGACAUUGUUUUGUUGCGGACCAAAGGGAGCAUUAUCUACAGACUUUUCCUGCAAUCCGAAAUCCCUCCCAGGCUGCGGGUGAAUAUUUCUGACUCUCAGAAGGAUGCCGUCCAUUCUUCUAUUGUUGAAGGGCGUCUAGACCGGUCCGUCUUUCACAAUAGCUUUCUGACUCUCUUCUCCAUUAUCAUCCACUUCUGGAAAAGGUUCUGUAACUGGAAGGUGAUGAACAAUUAUGGCUUCCGCAAGCGCAAGAUGAUGAAAGAGGCUGGAGUGAUCAACAAAGUUACCCAUCACAAACCUAACACCUUUGGCUUGGGCGACCAUCCGAUCCUGAGGUUCACGUUGCUUAGGGGGCCUGAACUGCUGCUGCCCCAGGCUCGGGAAGACUUGGACAAUUCACCCUAUCCUUCUUCAGUCAGCUGCUUAUCCCAGAAGAAAAAAGUCACAGGUAACUCAGGUGCCGGGUUGGGCAAGUAUUUGGAAGUGCCUUCUACCAUUCAGAGCAACUUGGAUCGUGACGGGGGGAAGAGGACCGGGCAAAAACUCCCAGAUAUCUUCAGGAAGUAAUCUGAAUUACCACCCCGCCGCCGCCGAGCCUCUGACAGGAUAAGAGGAACCAGACUCAUCCCACAGAAGGCUCCACCCACAAUGGUAUCGCCUCAGUUCUGGGAAGACAGCAGCUUCUCCUGAUGCCCCACCCAUGUUUCCUGCUAGUGACAGAAGAGGAGAGCAGCCCAGGAUCCUGAACCCACAUACU